AUGGGCAAUCUGCAAUCAAAAAGCAAACUCCCAGACGACGUGCUCAAGGAGCUACAAAGAACAACCAACUUUGACAAGAAGGAGCUGCAGCAAUGGUAUAGGGGCUUCCUCAAAGACUGCCCCUCUGGCACCCUAACGAAGCAGGAAUUCCAAAAGAUCUAUGCGCAGUUCUUCCCCUUCGGCGACCCGAGCACGUUCGCGGACUAUGUCUUCAACGUCUUUGACACCGACAAGUCGGGCACCAUCGACUUCAAGGAGUUCAUCUGCGCACUCAGCGUCACCAGUCGCGGUAAGAUGGAAGACAAGCUGGACUGGGCCUUCCAGCUGUACGACAUCGACGGUGACGGGAAGAUUAGCUACGACGAGAUGUUGAAGAUUGUGGAGGCGAUUUACAAGAUGGUUGGCUCGAUGGUCAAGCUGCCGGAGGACGAAGACACCCCCGAAAAGCGCGUCAAGAAGAUCUUCCGCAUGAUGGAUAAGGACGAGAACGGCAGCCUCGACAUCAACGAGUUUAAAGAAGGCAGCCAGCGGGAUGCUACGAUCGUCUCGGCUCUGUCCCUUUACGACGGUCUUGUCUAA